GGGCUGGGCUCAGAACCGGCCGUGGCCCCCCCAGCCCAGCUCCGGGCACUGACCUUUGGCUCCAGGGGCGCAGUCCUCCUGCUCCGGCCAUGGGGUGUAAAACGUGCGGCCGGAGCUGUGGGCCGGCCCCGUCUCAGGCGUUGGGCCCAGUCCGGGUUCCCAAGGGCGCAGAGACACCUGGGUUCGCUUUUGUGACCUGUCUGAGCCUCAGUUUCCCCAUCUGUAGGCAUUGCUCCGUCAUGUGCAGGCUGCCUGGAGACCUCUGCAUGCAAAGCCCUCUGUCACAGCAAGGGCAUUAGACGGGUUAGGGUUCGUUCUCCUCUCAGCCGCUUCAGGACAGGACCAAGACACCCUGCCAGGGGGCCUGGGUGUGGGGCAAGUGGGUCCUGCUGCUACUGCCCGGAGCUGUCAGUCUGGCGCCCUGGAGCCACACAUGUUUAAAACUUUCUGGGUCUGAUUCUCCGUGUGCCCAGGGCACCUGCUUGUCUCCCUGCCAAGCCAGUGCCAGGCGCUGCCGGUUCAGCCUGGCUGCAGCUGUGGCCUAGAGGACAGAGCAAUUGUCUGGGCCUUAGGAAACCUGGGUUCUAGCCCUGGCUCUCCCUGGCCUGCUGGGUGACCUUGGGCAAGUUGUGGUGCUCCGUGCCUCAGUUUCCCCAUCUAUACAAUAGAGAGAAUGUGAUACUGGCCUCCUCUGUAAAGUGCUUUGUAAAUUUGUGUAGCUGUAAUUCUGUGUCCUGCGGUAACCGCCCCUAGGAAAUCAAGGCCCUGCGGCGCGACGGUAUCAGUAUGUUAGUUCUUUGGGGCAUUUGUCCCGGGCCCUGCUCCGAAUACCAGCGAUUAACAGGGAUAAUACGCCAUCCAUGAUUACUAAUAAUUUAUAUUAGGGUAGCACCCGAGGGCUCCAAUCGGGCUCUGGGGCCCAUCACACCGGGUGCUGCACAGACCCUGCGGGAGAUGUAGCCCCUGCCCCAAGAGCUCCCCGUCUGGGUAGACAAUGCUGAGAGGGGAAACUGAGGCACAGAGCAGGGAGGGGGUGUGCUCAAGGCCACCUGGGGCAGAGCUGGGAGUGGAACCAGCCCUGUGACCUGCUCACUGGUUCGAAUGCUGCCUUGGGUCCCGGCUGGUGCUUGGUUCGUAUCGAGCCCUUCGGAGGCAGGUGCCUGGAAACCAUGGGCUGUGAUUCAUCUGUCAUCCGCACGACACCGUGGUGUUAGUCACGUUGUGUCAUCUCCGUGACACACACGGGGGCGUCUCUGGCACAGCAGCUCUGCUGCAUCCCACAGGCCAUGAUCCCAGCACAGGCCCUGGGGCAGGCGGUGUCAGGAAACCCCCCUUGUGCCCCUGGGUUGGGGGUCGGGGCGGUGUCCCCGGGGCUUUGGCCAGUACUGGUUCGGGGGAGCCGGAAGUGCAGAUCCCCGCCCCACUUGGGCUCUGUGCUUUGGAGGGUGUGGACAGGGAGAGGAGCGGGACCCAGACUUCUUCCAGGGACCAUAUGGCCUGGUGCUAAAAGCUAUACAACCACGUCCCCUAUACAAUGCCGGCACACAGGAACUGAACAAACACCCCUCCCUUUAGGAAGGGCAGGCCUAUAGGUCAGUAUAGACACCCUCCCCAGGCUGUAUAGUUCACUAUUGACUGACGCUCCCUCCCCCCAGUCCAAGCCGGUUAAGGGCCGGCCUGGUGUCUCUCCCUGCAGGCCCCUCUCGGGAGCUUUCCAGCCUUGGCAGCUCCGGCAGGGGGAGGAACCGCAGGGAGGCCUCGGCUGGGGGAGGCUGAGCCGGAUCCCGUCUCCUCCCCCGCCGCCUGGGAAGAGAGCUCCAGAGGGAGGGUGUCGGCCUGCGGGAGAGGGGUGUGCCCCCCCUUUCCACUGUAGGGAGCAGAUUUUUGCUUCCCGCAGGGGACUGGGGCUGUCAGACACGGGCCCCCUCUGGGAAGGGCUGCAGCUCGGUGACAACAGCACAGAGCCAUGCAGGGCAAAGGCGUGAAGCGCCCGCGCGGGGAGAUGGAGGGCGGCGAGCCGGAGCCCCGAGACCCCGGCGCCGCCCCGGCCAGCUCCUUGUUCAACAUCUCCAUGGUGAAGCUGCACCAGAGCCUGCGGCGCGUGGAGCCCAACCUGCGGCACUUGGUGCUGGUGGCCAACACCUUGCGCCGGAUGCAGGAGCAGAUGCAGCGGGAGGCGGUGGGGCCGGCGGCCCCGGACAGCCCCGAGGCCCCGCCCGUGGUGGAUUCUCCUGCCCCCGUCUCAGACUCCAGGGACAGUGGGCUGGAGCCCUGCCGGCCGCCACCCUCCGACAAGCAGGGGGACGAUCUCCUCCUCUCCACCAUGGACACCUCCAUCUCCACCAUCCUGGAGGACCUGGGUCAGGUGGAGGCGCUGAGCCCCGCCCGGCCCGAAGAGGAGCAGCCGUUGGCCGGCGCGUCUGGAGCCCGGCAGGAGCCGGCUAGGACCUCAGGCCCUUGCUUGGGCCCCCUGGAGCUGCUCAGCUCGGCCAGCUACCUGCUGGAGGACGGCCUGGAGGACAUCUUCGAGGACAUCGACACCUCCAUGUACGACUGCGACCUGUGGUCGCCCACCAGCCUCUCCGGCUUCAAGGCUUUCUCCGGUGCGGAGGACUCGGACAGCAAGGCGCUCGCCGGCGCCGAAGACCGGCUGGACAUGAGCGACCUGGACUACCUGAUGGACGUGCUCGUGGGGGGUCACGCGCUCUGAGGGCGGGGGGCAGAGGGAGGGUGACAGUAUUAAAUACCCCUGCUCUAAUUUAUUAGGGGCCCGAUCCUCAGCUGUCAGUGGAGCCGGCUGAUCCCUGCUGCAGACCCGGCCCUAUGUGCCUCGGCCUGAAUGCUCAGCCAGGCUCGGGACCCUCUGCCCUGCCUGGGGUGGCGUCGGCCCCCUGAGGAGUCCCGUGCGUAGGGGCCUCCCUGGUCAGUGCGGAGCUGGUGUAAUGGCCCUGUUCCCAGCCCCUGACGUCGGGGGUGGAUCGGGGGGGUGGCUGGAGCACACUGUGCUGUGGUGUUCUCAGCCCCCUGGGGCCCAUAGCGGGAGAAGCAGCAGUUAGAGCAGCCCUGAGGUUGCUCUAACUGACACCAGGGCUCAGAGUACGGGGAGCGCAAAGGAGCCUUAAAGCCACCGUAACCCCCGGCCCAAGAGCAAGAGCUGAGAAUGGCAACAUGUCCAGUAAGCCCCUCCCCACUGCCCUGCCCCGUCUCGCCCCCAACCCCCCAUCCUAGCUAGAUGAGCCGUGGCAGGGGAGGGUAACAGGCCGUUUCCUGGCCCGUGGUGGCUCCCAGGUUGGGCUCUGAACGGUUUGGAAGUAACUUAUUGUCUGAGCGAUGGGGAAAGUGUCGGAAGCUCCCGAAAAGCCGCUGUGAACUGCUGUGAAAGGAAAAUAACAGCCCUGGCUCUGUA